AGCGGGGGGGGAGCGGGUCCCAUAGCGAAUGGCAGCAGGGGGUGGCUGGUGUCGAGUGUGACUGGCAGGGAGAGAGAGUGCGGGCGGGAGAUCGUGAACGUGCUCGAUGAGUGGUGCGAUAAGCUGGACGCCGGCAAGGUGCAAGGGGCGGGGGAGGGGGAGGCAAGGACUGGGGAAGGCACAUCUGCAGGGAAGGUGAAGGGAGGGUCGUCCAUUGAUGCCCUGCUGGCGAACGAAGUGGCUUCGCUCAAGAAACAGCCUCGGUUUGUGAGUGUGGAGUCUGGCUGCAAGGCGCUGCUGUUCGUGAGGAUUAGAGAGGAAGCCAGGAAGGGGGGGAAGGGUGAGAAGGGAAGAAAGCAGUUGGAGGAGGGAGAGGAGAAGGAGGGUGAGAAAGAGGAGGUGGGGACGAAGGAGGAAGGGGAAAAGGAGAAGGGUGAAGGAGACAAGGAGGGGAAGGAGGGAGAUAAGGGCGGGGAGCAGGAGAAAGAGCAGGAGGAAGGGGCAGGAGGAGGAGGAGAGAAGGAACCAGAGAAGGAAGAACGGGGAGGGGAGGGGGAGAAAGGGGAGGCUGGGGGGGAACACGGAAGGGUAUCGCCGUGUGAGUUGGCAGAGGCAGUGUUGCGGCAUGCCAAGGCCACCCAACAGUCAGCCACUCGCUUCACCCUCCGCCUGCUGCCAGUGGAAACCACCUGCUACGCCUCCCAGGAGGAGAUCGCCUCGGCCAUCAAGCCUCUCAUUGCCGCCCACUUCCCCCCCAUUGGCCAAUCAGCAAGCGACACGUCAGAGGCCCAACCCAAGGGAUCAACGUUCGGAAUCAUAUUUGAGAAGCGAGCCAACGAAGGGCUUGAGAGAGCAGGCGUGAUUGACACUGUAGCCAAGCUGGUGCCUGCUCCGCAUAAAGUGGACCUCCGGAACCCAGACAAGACCAUCAUGCUGCAAGUGGUGAAGGUAUGA